AUGACGAACGGUUAUUUAUUGCCUUUCUCUUUCAAAAUGGUAUACAUAAUAAAUCCAUAUGGCUAAUUGCAAGCAAGUGACAGCUACACGGUGCAAAUGCAGCUGUUUCAUAUGUGUAAGUGUAAGUAAGGCUGACGUAUUCAUGUAAACACGUUAAGUUACGUGUUACGUGUCUUCUGUCUCGUCUCGUAUGAAUGCGUAAACUCUAUUUAGAAUGAAAUAAAUACGUGUAAAUUACAAUAUCCAAAAAAUCGUGACAAAAACAGAUAUGGAAGGACAUGAUGAAGAUGACCUAGAAGAUCUGAAUUCAACUAUUUGUACUCUUCCGCCAAAUGUACAGAACGUCAUUGAACAGGUUCUACCCAGUACCGAUCCAUUGGACCAACCAAAUUUCAAUGCUGUGGAUUACAUAAAUUCGCUAUUCCCAACGGAACAGUCUCUAUCGAACAUAGACGAUGUAUUGAACUACAUGGAAUCUAAGACACGUACUAUCGACAAGGAGAUACGCUCCGUGGUACGUGGUCAAACGAAUGUGGGGCAAGAUGGAAGAGCGGCGUUGGAGGAUGCACAGAAAGUCAUAAAACAACUAUUUGUACAUAUCAAAGAUAUAAAAGAUAAAGCAGAACAAUCCGAGGAGGUGGUUAAAGAAAUAACAAGAGACAUUAAACAAAUGGACUUUGCCAAAAGAAACCUCACUGCCUCUAUUACCGCUCUGAAUCAUUUACACAUGCUUGUAGAAGGUGUAGAUUCUUUAAAAGUGUUAACAGAAAAGAAACAAUACGGUGAAAUCAUUUUGCCAUUGCAAGCUGUAAUGGAAGUAAUGCAGCAUUUUAAUAGUUACAUGGAUAUACCGCAAGUGAAACAAUUGUCCGACGCGGUACGUCAAAUCCAAGUUGAGCUGGCCCAACAAAUUACGGCAGAUUUCAAGCAAGCAUUUUCUGGCCAGAAUCCAAAAUAUUUCAAUCAGCUAACGGAAGGUUGUUUGGUGUUGUCCAUAUUAGAUCCUAAAGUGAAGAAGGAUCUGCUCACCUGGUUCGUAGGUAUACAGCUACAAGAAUAUGCUCAUCUGUUCGAGGAGAAUCAAGACUUUGCCUGGCUGGAUAAAAUAGAUCGGCGAUAUGCGUGGAUAAAGAAGCAUUUGCUUGACUUUGAAUCGAAAUUCGGAACUAUCUUUCCACAGGACUGGGAAAUCUCAGAACGAAUAGCUGUACAGUUUUGUAACGUUACGCGUGAAGAUCUGACUAAAUUAAUGCACAAAAGACGUUCAGAAAUCGAUGUGAAAUUAUUGUUGUAUGCAAUCCAAAGGACUAGUAAUUUUGAGACACUGUUAUCAAAAAGAUUUAGUGGUAUCACUUUGGAGAAUACUGAAACGUCAGUUAAAAAAUCUAGUAAUGCUGAUGCCACUGAUAAAGUAUCCACUAAUCCGUUUGAAAUAAAUGAACAGGUGCAGAAUGAAAAACCAAAGCCAUCACCAUUUACCAAUCUUAUUGGGACAUGUUUUGAGCCAUAUCUAAGUAUUUACAUAGAAAGCUUGGAUCGCAAUUUAGCAGAUUUAAUGGAAAAAUUUGUGUCAGAUUCCAAAACGCAACCCCCUGGUGGUAAAGAAUUCGAUGGUAUCGAGGGACCUAGUAGCGUUUUAUCUUCUUGUGCAGAUUUGUUUGUGUUUUAUAAAAAAUGCAUGUUGCAAUGCACACAACUCAGUACUGGCUUGAUUAUGUUGAGUCUGGCUGAAACGUUCCAAAAAUAUCUGCGCGAAUACGCUAUUAAAGUACUUCAAAGUAAUUUACCGAAGAUCGGUGGUAGCGCAGGACUUGCCACAAGUAUGAGUAGCAUUACUCGUGAUUUCCGAGAUCUCUCAACAUCUGGCUUUAUACAAAAUUUCCAAAGCUUUUUGAAGGAAGGUGAAACUACUAGAUUCAGCAAAGAAGAACAAUCACGUAUAUGCUGUGUAUUAACAACGGCUGAAUAUUGUUCGGAGACAACAAAACAAUUGGAAGAAAAAUUGCGAGAAAAGACGGAUAAAUGUUAUGCUGAAAAGAUUAAUUUGUCUCAAGAACAGGAUAUUUUUCACAGUGUGAUAUCAAAUUGUAUUCAGUUGUUAGUUCAAGAUUUAGAGUCAGCAUGUGAAUCUGCAUUGACUGCAAUGACGAAGGUUCAAUGGAGUGCGAUAGAAGUUGUCGGCGAUCAGAGCAAUUAUGUUAAUACUAUUGUAACACACCUUCGACAAACAAUACCUACUAUCAGAGAUAGGUUGUCCGCGUGCAGAAAAUAUUUUACUUAUCUAUGCGUAAAUUUUGCAAGCUCAUUUAUAGUGAAAUUAGUACAACAAUUGUAUAAAUGCAAACCUUUAAAUACUAUGGGUGCAGAACAAUUGUUGCUCGAUGUAAUUGUGUUGAAGACUGCUCUCUUGGAUCUUCCAACAACGGGUUAUCAAGAUCAGAGAAAACCACCAGCGGCAUAUACUAAGGUAGUGAUAAAGGGCAUGGCAAGCGCUGAAAUGAUUCUCAAAAUUGUGAUGUCACCAAUUGAAUCUCCAAAAGACUUUGUAAAACAGUGUAGAUUACGUUUUCCGGACCUAGAAGCCCAAGAAUUUAAGAAGAUCCUGGAUAUGAAGGGUUUGAAGAAAACAGAGCAAGCUCUUCUAGUUGAACAAUUCAAGCAACCAGAAAAUGCAGCCAGUUCGCAUGAUACAAAGGGUCACACUGUUCAGGAUAGUCCAGAACAUGAAGCCGGGCGAAUAAAAAAACUAGAAAAAUUAAUAAAGAAAAGAAUAUGAGCAUUUUUUGAUAGUAAAUCUUAUAUAUUCUUAUAUCAUCUUAUAAAAUUGAAAUACUUGCUAAGUAUUGUAUACCUUACAGUCUAUCUUAACUCUUAUUAAAAUUGUUUAAAGGUCAUGUGCCAUUUAGAACACAAAAGAACUGUUUUUUUAUUCUUUAUUGUUGUACAUUGUAAACAAAACCCGAUAAACAGGAUGAUGUUAACCCUGUU